UUUUCUACAAGGAACCAAUCACAGCGCCUGGUACGUUCGCGUCACUGAGGGUUCAGCCAAUCGGCGCAUGCGUCUCACGAGCGAGCGUAGCUGGGCAAAGAUGGCGGCGGGCUCCGAUUUGCUGGACGAUGUUUUCUUCAACACAGAGGUGGACGAAAAAGUAGUUAGUGAUCUAGUCGGAUCUUUGGAGUCUGAGCUUACAAGAGCAGGCCGCGUUAACACAACGGCCAGGGUCCAGUCUGCAGCAAAUCAUGUUUGCAACUCAGCUGUAGGUAGUAAUUCCAAUGUUCAGGGCAGCAAAAUUGGACUUUCACAACAAGAGCUUGCUAAAGCAGGGACAGGAGUGCAAGGAGGUGUCAUUAACAGUACGGGGUCCCCCGGUUCAAGCAUGGAUGGAGCAGCCGGGACCACAUCGGCGGCGGGACCGAGCAUGACAGCCGCUCAGAGUCAGUCCAAGCCGGGGACAGCUACCGGAGUCGUUACUAUAGUAUCAGAUGCAACAUCUGGUGUUGGGAAACCUGGAACGACCGGUGUUCAAACUUUGAAUGGAAGUGCUGUAGUGAUGAACUGUCAUAUCUCCGGAGGCGCAUCUGCUGACAGCAGCGGCAACAACAACUCACAGCCCGCAGUCACGGUUGUCAACAACGGACCUGUUUCUGUGAGCAAAGGAAGCGCAGCAGUUUUGUCUGCAACACCGAGUACUAUUAUUCGAACUUCUUCGACGAGUGCGCAGAAUGCUGUGAUUUCGUCUCAGCCCUCUGUGAAAAGUGUACCCACAGUCACGCUUGUGAGGCCACCUAUGCAAACUCCCAGUAACACCUCACAAAGCGGAGGCAACCUAACCACAGUUUUAACAUCACCGUCCGUCAGUGUUACCAGCACCGCUGGCUCUCUUGUCAACAAAUUUGACACAAAAACUAUAAUUCAGACUGGCGGACACGUCGUGGCUACAACUGUUGCGACAGGGACAACGGUUUUGCAAAACUUGAGGACUUCAGUACCGUCAACAAUCACUGCCACUCCUCCCGGUGGAAUACGUACUAUUGCUCCACAGGUGUUGGCCCCUCGACUCACUCAGCCUCAACAAAACGCCCCAAAUAUCCAAAACAUUCAACUCCCUCCAGGCAUGGUCUUGGUGCGCAGUGAGAGUGGGCAGCUGCUGAUGAUUCACCAGCAGACCUUGGCUCAGAUGCAGGCUCAGUCGCAGUCCCAAAGCGCCAUGACACCACGACCUGCAGCUCCCACCAGCACUCCACCUGUCCAGAUCACUUCUCUACAGGCUCCAGGUGCAUCACUGCUGGCUCGUCCAGUUACCCCCACCACCAUUAUUAAACAAGGUUCCACAGUCCAGACCACUGUGACGGCCACCACCACACUGCAGAGGCCUCCUGUACUGCAGAACACCAUCAUGCUCGGAGGAACUGCCACCACCCCAGGACAGCCGCUAGGAACGCCCACCACAGUGCAGCCUGGAUCUGCAGCCACAGCAGCUACACAGAGGGUAGGGCCCCUUGGGGCCACUGGAACUCCUGUCACUCCAACAGCUAUCACAGCUGAGACACUGGAGAAUGUGAAAAAGUGUAGAAACUUUCUGUCCACAUUGAUCAAGCUGGCAUCCAGUGGAAAACAGUCCUCUGAGACUACGGCCAACGUCAAGGAGCUGGUCAAGAACCUGCUAGAAGCGAAGAUAGAGCCUGAAGAUUUCACCAGUAGGUUAUACCGGGAGCUCAACUCCUCACCACAGCCAUACCUUGUGCCUUUCCUGAAGAGAAGUCUCCCAGCACUGCGUCAGCUGACCCCAGACCCAGAGGCCUUCAUCCAGCAGAGCCUGCUGCCUCAGCCCAGCACUCAGCCUGCUGCAGCAUCCUCCACAGCUCUCACUGCUGUGGUGCUUCGACCUCCUCUCUCUACCGCCGCCAGUACGGCCACCAGCACUGCCGGGUCCAAAACCACAGUUAUCAGCCUCACUCAGACACCUCACAGUAAACCUGGACUGAUAGUGCCCCAGCAACAAGGGAUGAUGGUGAGGCCACAGGUGACGCUGGCUCAGUCUCCCAUGGUAACACUCAGAGGACAAUCUCAUAGCCGCAUCAUUGUAGGCCAGCCGCAGGUGGUCAAACAGCUGCAGACGGUGAAGCAGAUGUUGGUUCCAGGGGCAAAAGGAGUACAAGUACUCAGUCAGGGCCCUCUUACUGCUGCUCAGAAGAACAAGCUGAAGGAAGCAGGAGAGGGAACUUUCAGGGAUGAUGAUGAUAUCAAUGAUGUGGCCUCCAUGGCAGGAGUCAACUUGUCAGAGGAGAGCGCCCGUAUCUUAGCAACCAACUCUGAGCUUGUUGGCGCGGUGACUCGUUCCUGUAAGGAUGAGACCUUCCUCUCCACCUCUUUGCUCACCCGGAGAGCUCUGGAGAUUGGUAAGAAGUUUGGUGUCAGCGAGUUGGGCACAGAUGUGAUUAACUACAUUUCCCAUGCUACACAGCAGCGACUACAAAACCUGCUGGAAAAGGUGUCACAAGUGGCACAGCAGAAGAACAUAACAUUCAAGGAGGAUGAGCAGUAUGAGCAGGUCAGCGAUGUGCGAGCCCAGCUUAAAUUCUUCGAGCAGCUGGAUCAGAUGGAGAAGCAAAGGAAGGAAGAACAGGAGAGAGAGAUUCUCUUGAAGGCUGCCAAGUCUCGGUCACGGCAAGAGGACCCUGAGCAGCUCAGACUUAAACAGAAGGCCAAAGAGAUGCAGCAGCAGGAGCUGGCUCAGAUCAGACAGAGAGAAGCCAACCUAACGGCACUGGCAGCAAUCGGCCCGAGGAAAAAACGGAAAAUGGAUUCUCCUGUUAGGGGUGCCAGUGCAGAGGGUUCAGGGUCAGGCCCCUCCCAGCCUGGAGGCUCCAGUGGGGCAGGCUCCAGACAGUUUAUGCGACAGCGCAUCACCAGAGUCAACCUCAGGGACCUGCUCUUCUGCCUGGAGAAUGAAAGAGGGACCAGUCACUCACACCUGCUCUAUAAAGGCUUCCUCAAAUAGCACCCGCAUUAAAAUGACUAGCCUCGCUCAGUGGCAUUAAGGAAGCAGAGUUGACCGUCAGCUCAGACCCUUUCUGUUUGUACUUUCUUUGAUCACACACUGCUGACUGAUGAGACGUCUGUAUGUGGGAAGAGAAUUAUCUGGAACACUGAAGAGAUGUCGGCUUUUAAAAGCCUCUUCAAGCACAGGCCUUUUUUUGUAUUUUCAGCACAGAGGUGGAGCAAACAUUAGAAUUGGGCCCUGAUUUCAGUGUGCCCGUCAGCUCGGUUUGCUCUUUAAAGACCAGUUGCACCCAGCCACACUUUUCUCAUGCACUGCCUCAUGCUGCACACAAGAAAAAAUGUGUUUAACUGAACUGAGCACUUCAGAUCUCCAAAAACCUUGUCAGGGUCAUUUCACUGGCAUCUGUGUUGUAGCAGCAAAUCUCUGUGAAGUGGUUCCAUUUUAGAUUAAUGUGCUACAUUCAGGUGCUACAGCCUGAUUUUACAAGACUGCAGUAAUUUUCAUUUUCUUGACCAUGUUAACGUAAACACUCUGCUUAUGUAAGUUCUUUUAAGAGAUUUUAAUUUAUCAAACAUUUAUACUUUUUUUAGCACAGUUUUAAUGCCUGUGGAUUGUUUUACAGAGACUAAUCUUCACUAGUCAGUUGCCUUCUUACCAGAUUAAGCCAUAUGGAUUAGAAUGUGUUGAUCAGCAUCAGUAACUUCAUGUAUCCAACAGUUCUCUCCACAAUUGUAGGAUGUGUGCUUUCUUUGUUUGUCUUUGUUUGAUUGGAAACAAAAAAGAUUAUUUAUAUGUCAUGUGUUGUGCAUGAUGUAAUCGCAGGUGUUGGGAUUUGAACUCUCGCCACUAUAACGUUUUACUGUGAGAGUUCCUGACACAGUGGUCAAAAGCGAAAUUCUACUUUUUAUUCAGAGUCUAGCACAUUUACUACAAAGACUACAUGUACCUUACAUUCCUACCGAUCAUUUCUGAAGCACACCAUACUUGUUAAGAUUAUUUCCCACCAACCCAGCAGUCAGCAGUUUUCAUUAAUUUCUUUAGUGACAAUAUAAAAUUCAACUUACAGAGUUGAACCUUCACAGUGAACAUCCUUUCCAAAGUAAUUGUUGUUUGCCACUUUAUUGUUGCACAUAUUAAUUUGGUGUGUUAAAUGUACUGGUAGCAAGCUCAUUAUCCGCUAAUUUAGAAGAUCCAAGAAUAAUGAAACAUUUACAUUAUGAAAAUUAGAAUGUGGAUUUGGCUCUGUGUUUCUUGAAUAAUGUUACCAAGAAGCAAAGUUUUCAAUUCAUUUCCUGCAUUUCAUAAAUGCCACCCAAAGAGCUACUGAGUCUGCAAUGUUUUGGCUAAAAUAUCUUUGGGCAAACUAGUAUGGUAUACUUUGGAAACAAAGUGGUUGUUAGGAAUGUCAAGUAUCCAGGGUCUGUAGCUCAUGUGCUAUAAAGUGAAUUUUAAAAAAUGGCGUUUGGAGAAAUGAAUCCCAACAAUGUUAUGGAUUGCAGUCAUUUAAGUGAAUCAAUUUUUUUUUAAUAACUUGUAUGUCCACAUUUUUAUAUUUAUAAAUGAUGGAGGUCAUGCUAGGUAAACAUGGGCAUGAACUGCAGAACGAGGACGGCACUUUGACAGAUCAGUUUUCUAAAACUAGUCAAUCAGAUGAACAUACCCACUUUAUAACCUUUUAUAUUUUUAGUGCACAUACUAAUUUUGAUCUUUAUACCUUUUGUCAUUUUAUGAAAGAAUGUUUAUUGGCAAAUUUUAUUACUGUACAUACUUAGGUUUGCUAUUUGUAGAUUUGUCAGUUGACAACUUCUAAUUGGGCAAGUUUGUCUAAUUUUCCAUAUACAUAUAAAUAUAUGAGAAAUAUGACAAAUAUAUGAUGCUUUCUUGCCAAGAUCUUGUACAUUUUGCACAGCCACUUGUUUAUAUGUAAAUAUCUGAAUUUUAAAAAAAGUUUUUAAUUGCUAUUUUACAAUGGAUUGAGAGAGAAUGAUCUCUAUUAAAACAAA